CGAUCUCUCGAUUUAAGAUCUUGAGCCCUUGCAAGCCGCAAUUUAUGUCCGACUUGGCUAAAAUUUUGCAUGUAGAGUUCUGUUAUAACUUUCAGCUACUCUACACUUUCUCGAAUUCCUGGCAGCAAUCUUUCUCUUUGCAGCCUACAUCCAUAUGUCGCAUAAUGGUUGUUCGGUCAAUCAUCUUCGGGUAUAUAACACUGCCUUUAGGGUGCCUUUCUUCGUAUUUUUCUGCCAGGACAGUUUCCAAUCGAGGGUAAGACCUAGGAAGUUUACCUUCUUUGGCAACAGGGUCAAAAACCACCAUCUCCGCCUUCUUUGAUUUAGUCCUUAGACCAGGUUUAGUUCCUCGAUAGGAAUUUGCGACGUUCCAGAGAAUCGACGAGAACACACCCCUUGAGAUGUUGCUUCUGUUACCCUCCUUCUGUCCACACUAUAAUUGAAAUAAUGUUUUUUUAUUUCAACAUUUCAAUUUGGACCAUGUGGCGUAUGAUUUAUAUUAAUUGUGAGUUAUUAUGAAAAAAUCCCCAUAUCUUUGCAAUGCGUGCAUCAAUUUAAAACAAAAGCAAAAGCAAAUGAAAGAAAAGAGUUGAGGCUAUGCAUGACAAUUAAUAAUUCCCCAUAUUUAUAUCUAAUUUACAACUUGUUUGACAUUGAACAUUGUUUUUGCCAUGCCACAAUGAACCAAAAAAGCUUUAAACUGCUAAUGAGAGAAAAGCUUUUCCAGCUUUGAUGAGGAGAGACUCGAUAUCUAUCUAGAAUCAGAGCCAUAGAACAAUAGUACGCUAUUGGUUUUAGAGCGGCACACACAUCAUCGCUUAACAAACACCCUCGUCCAUUAUCGAAGAUAAUAGAAAUUGCUCUUCAAAUAAUUUAGUCAAUAAAAAUGAUGUUCACAGCUGUUCUGCUGGUGACUCUUGUUGCCAUUCUGGGUUAUCUUAGGCGAAAAAUGAGACAAUACCAUAGCUAUUGGAAACGUUUGGGCAUUCCUGGAGAAGAUCCUCAUUGGCUGAUGGGCAAUCUACCGGGAUUCUUAACGACUACAACUAUUGCCGAUUCAUUUCAGAGGUUCUAUGAAAAAUUUAAAGACACUGGACCCUUUGUCGGCUUUUAUUUGUUUACCAAGCUCUCAGUGUUUGUGUUGGAACCUGAUUUGAUUAAACUCGUGCUCAUCAAAGAUUUCUCCAAAUUCAGUGAUCGUGGUAUGUUUCACAAUCCCGAAGAUGAUCCCCUCUCGGGUAAUUUGUUCAAAUUGGAGGGUAACCGAUGGCGUAAUAUGCGCAAUAAAUUAUCGCCCACCUUUACGUCGGGAAAAAUGAAGAACAUGUUCCCCUUGAUCCAUGACAUAGGCAAGGAGUUUGUGCGCGUCUUUCGGCAAACCAUGCAGCAUAAUGAAAUCGUUGAGGUCAGCGAUCUCAUGGGACGUUUUACCUCCGAUGUUAUAGGUACAUGUGCCUUUGGUCUUGAUACGAAUAGCUUGAAGGACCCCCAAUCCCAUUUUAGGGUUAAGGGAAAAAGAUCUUUGAAUGAACUGCGCUAUGGACCCCUAGGCAUAGCCUUUCGCAUGAAUUUUCCCCAUUUGGCCCGUCGUCUGCAUAUGAAGGAAACCGUUGCGGAUUUAGAAGAAUAUUUUCUGGGCUUGGUUAGAGAUACCCUCAACUAUCGUGAACAGAAUAAUGUAAGGCGCAAUGAUUUCAUGGAUAUGUUGAUUGAUUUGAAAAACAAUAAACUAAUGAAAAGUGACUCUGGCGAGGAGUUGACCAAUUUGACAUUUGGAGAAAUUGCAGCACAGGCUUUUGUAUUCUUGGUGGCUGGAUUUGAAACCUCAUCGACCACCAUGGCUUUUGCCCUCUACGAAUUGGCUCAAAACACACAAAUACAAGACCAGGCAAGAGAGGAGGUUUUAAGGGUAUUAGAAAAACAUAAUCAGGAGUUUAGCUAUGAGUGCAUGAAGGAAAUGGUGUAUCUGGAACAAGUAAUAAACGAAACCCUGCGCCUUUAUCCUGUGGUGCCCUUUAUACUACGCCAAGCCUCUGAGGACUAUGAGGUACCAUACAAUCGCAAAUUUGUCAUAAAAAAGGGCAUGUCUGUCAUCAUACCCCAUGCUGCCAUACAACGUGAUGAGAAGUAUUAUCCCCAGCCCAAUCGUUUUAACCCAGAAAAUUUUUCCCCCAAAAAGUUGGCAGAACGUGAUUCCAUUUUGUAUUUGCCCUUUGGAGAUGGUCCCCGCAAUUGUAUAGGCAUGCGUUUUGGUAAAAUGCAAGUUGUAAUCGGUUUGAUAUUGUUAUUGAAGAACUUCAAAUUCUCGGUAUGCCCUCAAACCGAAAUACCUGUGAAAUGUACACCGAAGAAUGUUUUGAUAUCACCUGCCAAUGGUAUUAAAUUAAGAGUAACACAAGUGUAAUUGAAUUUGAAAAGGCUCAACAAUAAAAGUGAAGGGCAACAAAACAAAAGCGAAA